GUCGUUCAGCAGACAAUUCCAACACCAAAACCAAUAAAUUCUACUUAAAAAACAUACCAAAAAGUUUAUAUAUACUACAUGUGUGUAUAUAUGUGGAGAGAGAAGUCACCGGAAAAAUGAAACAACUGUGCCGGAAAAUAGUCCACGUCAAGAUUAGGUGGAGUGUACUUGAAAAGGUGAGAAUAUUCCGGCAGUUUUUCACAUUCCUCUGGAAAAGAAUUUUUGUUUGUUCAAUAGGAAAGCCUGCGGGGUACAGAAGAUUUUCUCGGAGGUCUGAUUCUGAUUCUUCCGAUUCUCCUUCUCCGCCAUCCACGGCGGCGAUAGACUCUGGGUACGGCCAAAAAGAAGAGCCCACAACCACAUGCAGUAGUGGCUAUGAGAGUGAUUCAGAUUUAGUCACAUUGAAGAUCAGUAUAUUGGGUGACUGCCAGAUUGGAAAAACUAGCUUUGUGAUAAAAUAUGUAGGGGAUGAAGAGGAAAGGAUAAGUUUGCAGAUGAAAGGGCUAAAUUUAAUGGACAAAACAUUAUAUGUCGAAGGUGCAAGAAUUGCUUUCAGAAUAUGGGAUGUUGGAGGUGACAAUAGGUCAUUCGAUCAAAUUCCAAUUGCUUGUAAAGAUUCUGUAGCAAUCUUGUUUAUGUUUGAUCUUACUAGUAGAUGUACACUAAACAGUAUUAUCGGAUGGUACAACGAAGCUAGAAAGUGGAAUCAGACUGCAAUUCCCAUACUAAUAGGGACCAAAUUUGACGAUUUUGUCCAACUUCCACCAGAUAUCCAGUGGACUGUAGUCACUCAGGCGAGGAGGUAUGCAAAGGCAAUGAAAGCAACCCUUUUCUUUUCGAGUUCAACACAUAACAUUAAUGUAAACAAGAUCUUCAAGUUUAUCAUGGCCAAGCUGUUUAACUUGCCAUGGUCUGUCGAGAGGAAUUUGACGAUUGGUGAACCCAUUAUUGAUUUCUAGGAUGUUUAGUUCAAGAAAUUAUGUCGUGAAUGUCCCUUUUUUUUUUUCCAUCGAACGUAGUGUUAAUAUCUCAAGUUUUGUAUAGCGACACCCAUUCUCAUGAACAGUUAUGGUAUUUACCUAACUACCAUUCUCACCAUGUUAAUCCAACCAUGAAUCACCAAUUAGUCACUAA